CCCAAAUAUCCGACCAAAAUUACGGCUGACAUUCGUGGGGUAAUCUGUGAUGAGCGAUACGUUUCGUGAUGAAUCGUGUGGUGCGACCAAGAAUAAAUGGCGACGAAGACCUUUCACCCACUAAGUUCAGGGAGAGAUUUCGUCUGGAGCGAGCUGUAGUGGAGAAAAUCCUCCACUUCAUCGGUGACGACCUGGCGCACGACACCGAUAGAAAUCACGCCCUCACUCCCAAACAACAACUACUCCUGACACUACGCUUCCUGGCAACAGGAAGUUUCUACCACGUAGUGGGUGAUGCGCACGGCCCAAGCAAAGCCACGGUGUACCGCGCAGUGCACAGGGCCGUGGAAGCGAUUGUGAAUCGGUUGAUGGGACUUAUAGCUUUCCCCAACACUCAUGAGGCGACCCGUGCCCUCCAGGCACAGUUCCAUGGGAAAGCAGGGCUGCCAAAUGUCAUUGGCUGCAUCGAUGGCUGCCACAUCGACCUGCGGGUCCCCACUGACGUGGAGAACGCCUACAUCAACCGGCACCAGAGGACGUCACUAAAUGUCAUGGCCGUGGCUGGCGCAGAUGGCCGCUUCCUGUGCGUGAGCGCCCAUGCUGGAGGUCGCCAACACGACUCAAGGGUGCUGGCGACCUCUGGACUUGUUGAAAAGUUGGAGACCGACUCUCUGGUGCCGGUUGGUGGAGGCGUUCUGCUCGGGGACAGUGCCUAUCCGAGUCGGCGUUACUUGCUGACUCCCAUCAACCAUCCCGGGACUGCAGCGGAGGAGAGGUACAACAAGGCCCACUGCAGGACUCGAGUUUGCGUCGAGCAGGCCUUCGGCCAGUUGAAGAUGCGGUGGUGGUGCCUGAAACAUGGCCUCCGGUUCCACAGGGUCGCCGACUCAGUUCGCACCGUGAUGUAAGCUAUAUCAUCGAGGAUAGUAUUAUAAAUAACUGAGAAGACACUAGUUCGUCGUAGGUCAUUGCGAAGACAUUAAGUCUCUCCCGGCUCUGUUGCUCAUUGCUCAAUCUGGUAUAAGUUGUUUGGCGAAAACGUCGAUUAACCGCUUGUGACCCCAGUGACGCCACGGGUCACAUUGUCAGAGGUUCAC